CACAUGCAGAAUGAAUUAAAAAUUGGCUGGCACAGCUCAAAAAGUAGCCAUCUUUGGAGAACAACCAGAGAACAUGUGUGAGUUUCUCCAGAGUUUGGAGGCCUGCAGCUUUUCUGUAUUUACAUCAACAUGGAUGGUGUAAGGAUUUCGGAGAGGUAGUAUAGAUGGCUUUGUUACUCAGGCCAUUCAAGCAAAGAAUGUUUUAAUAUGGCAAAAUACAAAGUUAAAUGUAUAGCAAUAAAGAAUGCAGCACAUAUGUACAGAGUGGGGGAAUACACUGUGGACAGCACUGACUCUGGAGAAGACCAGAUGUCAUGCUGGCUGCACUUGUAAUGUGCUGUUAAUGCAGUCCUGCUCCCCUGCCCUGCAUGCGCAGAGGAUGUGCUGGGUGGAGCUACAGGUCUCUAUCUGCCUAGAUUUCCUUGGUAUGAAACCAGAGCAUAUUGAAGGGAGAGGAAGAAGGGUGAAUAAGGGAAAAAAGUAAGGAAAAUGGUGCUUUUCCAGGUCUCCCAGAGAGGAAGUCAGCAGGUAGCCAGAUCACACACCACAACUCAAGAGCAGGGAAAAUGUUCCUGGUUCCAAGAUACAAACAUAACAGAAGUGCUCAGGAAACUGUCCGUAAGCUUGCAGGUUGUUUUAUAUGAUGUUGUAAAACAAGCUAAUGGGUACUGGAGGCUACAGUGGUAGUUUUAUUUCUUUAUAAAAUAUUGAUGACCAGUUAUUGGAUAGUACAUAUUAUUCCUACAGUAUUGCAUAUCUCUAUGGCACAUGAAAGAGAAGAAGGUGACUGGGAAUAGCUAAUAUGGGCAAUUAUUCCCCUUUACUCAGCACUUGUUAGAAUGUACUUGGAAUACUGUGUUCAGUUUGGAGCCCCCCGAUACAAGAAAGGUGUUGGUAAAUUAGAGCAAGUCCCAUGUAUGGCCACCAAGGUGAUCAGGGGCCUGGAGCACUUGCCCUGUCGCUUUCGACUAGUUCACCUUCGUUGGACUAUAUGAUCCACUGAGGUCACUUCCAAACUGAAUAAUUCUAUUAUUCUGUUAAUUUGAUAGAUAAUUUUUAAUGUAGAAAAAUUGGAAAGGGUACAAAAACGCUAAAGCAAUGAUUUAAAAACUGAAAAAAAUCCUUAUAUUGAAAUAUAUAGAUCUCCAGUUACUUGGUGCAAAAUAUGUAUUAUAAAUAAAUUCAGUAAUGCAACUACAUAGGGAGGACUGCACAUGCACAUUUACAUGGAGAAACAUCUUUGGAAAAUGUGUCCUUAAAAUGAAACCCAGUCCCCCAAAUCCCACAUGCUACUACUAGCAAUAAUGCAUUGUAUUUUUAUAAUGUCUUUCAUUUUUGGACUUCAAAGUACUUUGAGGAGUACAUAACUAACAAAGAGUUAAUUCUGAACUGGCCAGUGUCUCUUAGCCUUUCAUGAGCGUGAUUUGGCAGCUCUGAGAUAAAAAAUGAAUGCAUAUAUCCUAACUGAGCAACACGCCUGGGAAGCAGCGUCAGUGAAAGUCCCACCGGUGCAGGCAGUUCAGCUUCCAGAGCUCUUGGUUAGCACACCACCACAUGGCCCCAAACUGUUAAAAAUGCUGGUGUUUUGCGCUGCGUGUUUGUUCUGGAAUACCACAGUGGAAAUUUAAGUAGCAGCUUGUUGCCAAACACAGCCCUGCUGGUACCUCCUCCUUGUCCCUUGUCACGCAGCUGUGCUGAGCAACCCAGCAGGGCUUAGAGCCUCUUUCUCUCCCUUCUGCGUGACUCUGCCCCAGUUAGGAGCUCGAUCGCAUUUACCAGCCCUGCGGCUGCCGUCAGGGUCUGCUCAGCAGCUCUCCCCAUGUGCGUAAGCAGUAACUGGAGCUGGCAGCAGCAUGCACUUUCUCACCACCUUCACUCCUCCUUCCCAUUCAAGGCCUGAGUGUGUUGCGAUCCUGACUCCUCUCAUCCUUGCCUUUGGGGCAGGUGAAAUGAGAACACGCUGUGAGGACACGCAGCGUCACAGGCACAUAUUCAGUUACCUCGCUGAGCUCCCCUUGGCAGCUGCCUGACCAUGUAGCGGAGCCGGCCGGCAGGCCAGCAGUUCUGGCACACAGACCCCUGGCAAACACAGCACUGGAACUGGUUUGAGGACAGAAAUGCAGGAGGAGGAUAGGAAUAAAUAAAACAUGCCACUGCACUAGGGUGAACUGAGAAGCAUGUAAACACUGUGUUAUAGGAAAUUACUGAAGAACAAUGAGUUAAAAAGUAAAGUAUUAAUAAAACUGCUUUUUAAGUAUUUAUUCCUUGAAACCUGGUAGAGGCUACUAUCAAAAUCCCAUGUCCAUUCUUUUGUGUAGAUGUGAAAAACAGAAAUGUUGUUGCAGAUGCAGGGUGGCAUUAAAAAUUGUAUUUGUUCAUGUGGGUGGGGGAAAGGUAAUGGAUUUUGUUAUAUGAAUAUCCCCUUCAAAAUGUUUAUUAACUAUCAGAAGCUGGAGGGUGCUUAGCACAUGGGAUAGGUGCCUUUUUGUUGAGUGAUUAAUAUAUCUGAAAAUUAAAAUGAAUGCAUUCUCUUAACCUUAGUCAUGUUACAUAAGUAAUUCUCAAAGAUUAUCUUUGGAUAAAUAGGAGUCAUGUGAGUGCAUCGUGCUGACCUACACAAAAUCUGUGCUAUCCUUGGAGGUUCUGUUUAAUGAGGAACAGAUCUGCAGGGGAGACUGCCAGCCAUGCCAAUGACAGCAGGACACAUGCUAGCAUUUUCAGGACUUUGAUUGAACAUUAACUACAAACACUUGGUUUUGUUUGUUAUAACUGAAUGUUCACAAAACUGUUAGAGUCAUAAUUAGAUUGCAGUGUCUUUGGCCUAAAGUUUGUAAUUACUUUGUCUGUAAAGAACCUUGCACCACUGGGAGGCUGUAGAAAUAAUGAAUUCAACUUGUGACACUUCUAAGACUAUAGUGCAGAUAACUUCUCUCUUCUAACUUCGUUUCUCUCCGUCUUUACAUUGUUUGUAUUUUCACUGAAGCAGACCAGUGAUGAUAUUACUGCUUCUCUUUUUAGGGCUGAUCACUAAGGGUAAAAGUGACCUACACAAAGUGAUGGGCACACUGCUUUUUCAGGUGAAGUUAUGUGUGCCACAAACAGUGCAUCACUUUUGUGAAUGUCUUUUGCAUGCACUUCCCUCUGACUAGAUUAAAGCUAGAUUAAGGCUAAAACACUAAAGCAGUAAAUUAAACCGUCCCAGAGUUCCCAGGCACUGGAGCUCAGUCAUCCACAGUGUUAAAUUGUCCCUGUCAUGUUUUUAGCCAGUGCCAGCCUUGCAAACAAUUCCUGGCUAUGGCUUGGGAAUGGGAAUAGGAAUAGACUUUUAUUCUGCAGGUGCCUGUCCUGCUGUGAGAGAGUUCAAUACUAUGGGCAUGGGCUGUUCUGUGCCAGCUGGCCCCAGUGCCUGGACAUUUCAUUUACUCGUACAGAUACAGCCUUUAUAAAGCCAUUCUUCUCUGCUGAGCUACUUCUAGUAGUGGUGAGCAUUUAAAAUGAAACCGGUGAUCCUCAUACCUCAGUAAUUCUAAAUAAAUGCAUAAUUCACAAGAAUACAAGGCUUUCCAGGAUUAUCCCCCUUUUGAGUAAAGCCUGCUCUGGAACACUGCCAGUCUGAUUCUGUUUUGGAGAGGGGAAUCCUCUUCAUCUAAAUAUUCUCCAGCUGAAUGUAAAGUAAAUUAUACUAUAAACUUUGUGUUUUGAGCGUCCCUCUACUGAUUUUGCUUAUAUGUCUGUGUAAUUGAGAGUGCUUUUAUUGGAGCAAUAUCUUGUGUCUUACCUUAGCAACCUUAAAUAUAAUUUGUCCAAUUUGUAAAUAAAUGAGAGCUUGGACAAAAAUGCUUCUAGAAAAACUUGGAAUCCAGUAAAGCAAACUCAUGUCCUGUCUACUGAGCCAUGCUGGCAUGGAUGCAGAGUGCUAUGGGGCCUCCUUACCCUGCUUGUAACCAGUAUUCUAACUAACGAUUAGAUCGUAAUCCCUCCCAGAUUUUGUCAUCUUUUACACUGAACUGCUUUUGAGCAAAUGAACAAGCUGUGUGUGCCCUGACAAAGGUUAAAGACCAUCCUGGUCCACAUUCCCUUAGCCCAAAUGGCAGAGGGUUCAGGUACAGAUCUGAUGGGCAGAGAACCUCCAUCCUCUAAUGAACAAGAGCUCUACUGUUCUAAGGAGCUGUAGUCCACUAGACAGAUGGUCCUUACCAAUCCUCAAGAUGUAACUGAUUUCCCCUUUUUUUAUAUACUUAUUUAUAUAUAAGUAAUAAGUAAUAAAUAUAAGUAUAUAUUUAUAUAAGUUAUAUAUUUAUAUAUAUAAGACUGACAAACAUCCCUAAAUUCAAUUUAAUGGUUAAGAAACAAUCUCUCAGUUAUACAGUAUGAUACCUAAAAACCAUCUGCUUUUCUUAAAUGUGGCCCAUGAAAAAACUUGGACUCAUCAAAAAACUUCUUGAUACUAUGUGAUGCAUAAAGGUGGCUUUAUGGUUUAUUUUUUGAGUCUGAUGGUUAAUUAUUAACAACAAAACCAGAAAUAAUAGUAACAAUUCAGGUCCUGUUCAAAAUUCUAAGAUAUAUUUCCGAUGACUAGAGAGUUCACAAAAAUUAACAAAAAAAUUUUGACUUAUGUACAGCUCUAUAAUAUGCAAAAAUAUUGGCUAAAUAUACUCAGAUUUCUAUAGACAUGCUAGGGUCUUCAGUUCAUUCCACUGCCCACUACUCUUUCUUUAAGCAUCUGAGCCCAAUCACAAAUGCACAAUGUCCUUUACUAUGAGGAGGACUUCAGAGAAGUAACUGCUAAUUUGACCAAAAGUGUUCAUGGGCAACACACUUGCAAAAAGAAAGGUGAAAGAAGGAAAAUAAAGGUGUAAAUAUAAAAGGAACAGCUUAUCUACCAGAUGGGUCAUUCUGUCUUGUUAAAGGCAAACUUGCCUUGUCUUAUGCAGACUAAAAUGUGUUCAUUCUAUGUAUGUCAUGAUUAAUGCAAAUCUGAUUGUUUAUUUCUAAUUAAUCCAAAAUGAAUUUCAUCAUCAUCUGAUGAAAAAUACUCAGAAACGAACUGUUGAUUAAUUUACAUUUUCAUAGAUGAAAUGUCAAAACUACAGUAGAUGUGUAUUUUAUCAUCUCCAAAUACGUUAUUUAGCCUUUCUUCACUUUUAUUUUAUAGUUGCAGAUGAUGUUCUGCACUCACUUGGCUGCCAUAGUGUGUUAAAGGUUUUAUUGUUUAAAGGAAUUCUACAAGGAAAAUGAAUGCAGUAUGAGCAUGAAAAUGCAGUAUGAGCAUGAAAACAAGGAUGGUGAUGUUGUGUCGGACCAAAGUAUCCUGUCUUCAGCAGUGGCCAGCAGUGGAUAUCAGGCUAGGACCAGGGCAAGCUGAUGUGAUGCUUCCCCAGAAUACUCUUUCAUUCUCCGGCAGUUUGCAGAGGCAGCGUUUUGUACCCAGGUAUAGGGCAUCCACGUGCGGGCUGCGACGUUUCGGUCAGAUCCGGGCACGGCAUGAAGGCUAAACCUGGCUUCCCCGGGAGAAGAGAGUGGCCCGGUGGCGCCGGGGCUGUGAACCAGGCUGCUGGCGUGCAAGAGCAGACCACCCGCAGGCUGCUUCCCGGCUUGUGUGGCAGCAAAUUAAAUCCCAAGGAUGAAUGCUGUGCAGAGAGAUCAGUGCUUGCCCAGCCAACAUUUGUCUUUGAAAAGAAGGACCAUCCUUCAAAGAGGCCUGCAGAAGACCCAGUUUGCAAAGCUGAAAAUGAUUUCAUUAGUUGUUCCAGAAAACGUGCAAGAUCAUCAUCUUUUACUCUCCAGAAGUCUGACUCACAGUCCAACACAGAUACAACACUUUCUCAGAAAAGAGGACGAUCAUCUUCCUUUACCAUCCUUCCUACCUUUCCACCCUCCCAGACAGUAAAGAAGAAUAACAUAUUCAUGACCUCAGCUCUUCUUCGAAGGAACACUAUCAAAAGUACAAAAGAAGGAUGCUUGUCACAAAAUCAGUUGCGGAAUGUCAUUAGACCUGCCAUUUUACAGCCACCACAAGCCCUCACAUAUCCUGAAAAUCCCAUAGCAUCUCUAGUGAUUAAGAAAGGAGCAUAUGUUCAGUUAUCUGAAAACAGCUCUUAUUCCUCAGCUGGGAAUUCAGUAAGUUUGAAGACAGCAGCAAGGUCAUCUGUUAGCAUGAAUCUUGCUAGCCCUAAAACAACACGAACUCAGCAAGUUGAAGACAGAAGUAUAGUAAACAGCAGCAAUUCUGAUUUUGUGUUUGGAGAAAACAUGAUUGAGAGAGUUUUGAGUCCUGAAAAGCAUCCCAAGACAUGUAAUGGAGCUGAUUCAUACAAAGCAGAAGUAACAUCCACGUACAUAGAAUCUUUUCAUGUUCAUCCACAAACAAAAACAGCUUUCUUGAAGAAUGCAACACUAACUGAAUCAGCAGCUGCUUGUAUUUCCAAGCCAGUGGAGAAAAUUCUAUUAGGUAAAGUUGAAAUUAUAACUGGAGAAGAAGCAGAACACAAUGUAUUACAGAUCAACUGCAAGCUCUUUGUAUUUAACAAGCUUUCUUUAACCUGGAUUGAAAGAGGCAGAGGAUCCCUGAGGCUUAAUGACACUUCUAGCAAUAAAUGUGGAAUGUUGCAAUCAAGGCUAAUUAUGCGAAAUCAAGGCAGUUUGAGACUGAUUCUCAACACCAGACUCUGGGAUCAAAUGGUGAUAAAAAGAGCAAAUAGAAAGAGUCUGUGCUUCACUGCAACAGACCAAGAUGACCACUCUGUUCAAGUGUUUCUGAUACAGGCAAGCUCAAAAGAUGCUGGAUACCUGUAUGCAGCAAUACAUCACCGCCUUGUGGCAUUGCGAAGCUUUACUGAGCAAGAAUCAGAUGCUAAUCAAAUAGACACUGAGUCAGAAAUAGCUUUUCAUCCAUUGAACUGUGAUAGUGAUGAUGAAGAUGAUGAAAAAAUAACUCAAGCAAGCAGCAGUGGAUCUGAUCAUUCUAGAUGCAACCACAGGCCGCCCGUAGUCUGCUCAUGACAGCUACCAGAGGUUACAACAGUGCAGCUGGGAGCUCAUCUUCCUGAAAUCUCUAAGCUGGCUCAUCAGUCCCUGGAGGGAGGAAAUCAGAUGCGUUUUACUUUAUGACUUUCAAGCAAAGGUUAAUUUUAGGGACAGCUUAAGUUUAAUACAUUGGAAAAGAAGCUGAGAUGCACUUUGAGGAUUCCAGUCAGCAUGCUUUGCACUGAGAUGAGAAUGACAGGAUGGCUUCCAAUAUUCAAGAAGUGUUACAAAGGCUCCAGGUUAUAGAGUUAAAUAUAUUUAUAGGCAUUAUUAAAGUAAGGAAUUUAAUACUGAUCAAUGUUCAUUCAUCAUAUUGAUGCAUAAAAUCACAUAACCGUGAAUAAUAGUAUACCUGAAGAUAUAUUUGUUUUUUUGGUCUGUUAUUUAAAACAUACAUUUUGAAGACUUUAAAUUGGGUUUCACUGAAAACAUUUUAAAUUAUGUAGCAGCAUUCAGCAUCCUCUUAAUCAGUACACACAAGAACUGUCAAUGGCAGUUUAGCAUAAGCAAGGUCUAUAGUAACCAGCCUUCAUAAUUGAACAAGUUUUGUAUUUUGAAAAUAUGUGGAGUUGUAGACUGGGUAUAAAAUUUUGUUAAAGGGCAAAGAACCAAGAUCUGCUUUUACACCCUCAAGCAUCAGGAGAAUUCAACAUUAAGAACUGAAAGACCGAAGUUCUAGGGGGCAUCUGAGCUUUAAAAUCUGAAAGUGUAUCCGUUUGCACUCAUGAACACCUUCUCUGCUUGCACAAAAGAAGCACUUGCACUGUUAAUUGUCCAUUUGAUAUAUACAAAUAAGUGCCCAAACAGUAUAACUGGAGAUCUCCAUAAAAAUUUAUCUUAAAUGUGUGAAAUUAGCUGACUACUUCAGACUUAUUUUUAGUUGUCAAUCUCCCUAAACAGCAUCAUCUCUUGCAAUGAGGCGAAGCUGUUACAUGCCCUAACACAUACAAUAAUCCCAACAGUGCCAAAGACCCAAUCACUUUGUAAAAGUGACUUCACAAGCUAUUUUUCACCAUCUAAUCAUUCCUACGCAGAAUUAGAAAAAUCAAUUCUCUUUAAUGCUACCUGUGAGCUAACAAAGUACCACAUCCUUCAUAACCCCAUGCUCAGUACAAAGACACUAUUUAAUGCUCUUCACUUUAAGAAAAUGUCUGUUUUCAUUCUCCUGCAAACCCUCUGCCACCUUUUAUAUUGUUGGUUACCAAAUACUAUUUUCUUGUCAUCCUCAGAGAUGAAAAAAUGUCCUAGAAUAUCUGAAGUUCUCUUCAUUAAGGUAGUUGUAAUGAUUUCAGAACCUUAAAAGCCAUUCUUGAAGAGUAAAAUUAAAAUUUAGUCUUCCCAUCUGAACGUAUAUAUGAAGUUGGAAGAAUUCCAGAUUCUUCCUGAAUUUUCAGUGCCCUGCCAAAAUUAGCAUCUGGAUUAUGCUGAAUCUUAAACAGCCUGCCAAAAUUAGCACUUGUCUGACAUUGAUUUAGCAUCUGGAUGACAGUGAGCCUAAGCGGGACUGCGGUUUUGCCUACAGGAAAAGGGAAGUGUUUCACAAGAGAACAUCUGUCUCAAAUAGUUAAGCUGGUAUACAGCAUUGGGAUUUUGUGACUCUUCAGUCUACUGAUAUUCAAGUAGCCAUGAUAACAAAAAUGUACUUUCCAUGUCUAGCUGUACGUUGUGUCCUUUCCUAUCAGUCUCAGUCCUGACCACAACUAUGCUUGUAUCACUGACCUCCAUAUUUCAUUGCUGCAACUCAUACUUAGGAACAAAGCUCCACGUUAUAAAAGCUUCCAACAGUUGUAAAACACGGCAGCCCUAUGUAUUGAGCAACAGGUCAUGGUGAGAACUUUGCCCUGGAGCUCAGCUGGUUAUGCAUUGAACGCAGCGUUUGAUUUCAAAGUCUGCCCUGAUAAUCAAAGCCCUCUAUGAAAUAGGGUCCAAGUGCCCAAGAGACUGUCAUGAUAUCCCACAAUAGCGAAAUUCUACUACAACUGUAGAAUCCUUGGCAAAUGAAGGGGUUCCAGAGCAGGAGAGACGGAGCUUUGGCAGAAAAGGACCUAAACUUUGGAAUUUGCUAUCACAACAUAUAUAACAAGGCUUAUGAUCCUCAGGAAAAAACCAAAAACUCUCCUUUGAGUUGCCUUUUCCCAAGAUCACUAUAUAUACAUGCAAGAAAAUAUAUAAGCACACACACUUAAAAAUGAAGCUGUAUCUCCUAAAAGCUGAGGAAAAAAAGAGAUGUUUAACUAUUUUAACUAUGUUGAAGAGUUUGGAUACUGUGGUAAUAGAGGCCAUAUAAAUACAUAGAUGUGCAGACAUAUUUAUGGUAUGCAUUUUUACUCUUGAGAUCCUAAUACAUUAUUUAUUCUAUUUAGUCUCAUUGCACUAAAAAUCAUUGUUUUCAAAACUGAAGGUAUGCUAAUAUGUAAUAUAUAAGCUGGUUUUGCUAAUGUAAAGUUUGUCAUUUUAUGACAGCCAGAGCAACAAAACAUUACUGUGUCCCCCAAAUAAACCAUUUUCUUAUGCCUUUCAGUCUAA